AUGUUGGAAGAGGUAUAUUUCUACAAACCAGAAGCUGAAGCAUCAACAACUGAUAUGCAUCAGGACGCAAAUACACUUUAUUUCGAUCAAUUCUAUGCAAAGAACUUUGCUCAAUUUAUGGGAUACGUUACUAUCAUUGCUUUACUACUCCUUAUCGUAUCCAUUGGCCUCCACUCUGUUUUCGAAGCACAAAUUAUAAUCGAAUCGGUUGGAAUUUUAUCGAACCUAAUCGAUUGUAUAGUCACUCUUCCACAGUUUAUAUUAGUUGUUAUUAACAAAGAAAUCAGAUACGUCACAAUUCCUCUUCUUUGUCAAUGGAUUCUUGCACUUGGUUGCAAAUUGGGUCUUUAUAUCUACCGCCCAGUUCCACUUCCAUUCAUGCUUGGCUUAGCUAUCCAAGCCGUCCUCACAUUCUUCAUUGUGACGUUUUACAUUUAUAUUAGAUUGUCCCACUGCAAUUCGGAUCCUGCUGAAGAAGAGCAGGCCGCUGAUAAUGUAGCUCCUGAUUACAAAGUUGAUUUUCAACAAGUUUCUUCGGAAACAGCUACAGAAGCUUAA